AUGAAGGCAGCACAUUCUACUUCGACAGCUGCUGCUGCUGCGGAAGCAGCACCGCAGCAGCAGCUACAGCAGCAGCAACAACGCCAGCAGCAGGCAAACCAGCAGCAGCAGCAGCAGCAGCAGCAGCAAGGGGAACAGCAAAACUCUAGCCAGCUUUCCCCCGAUCUAAACUCAAACUCAACAGGCAAGACAACAGCAACAACAGCUGCAGCAGCAGCAACAACAGCAGCAGCAGCAGCAGCUGCUGCUGUUGUGAAUGCUGGGGGAGACGCGAAGGAGGCGGCUCCUCCAGCUAACACCGUCCAGCAGCAGCAGCAGCAGCAGCCGCAGCAAGAGGGCACCCCUCUUGUACAGGAACUACGAAAGCAACAUCAGCCACAGCAUUCCGUGCUGCAAACAGCAGCAGCACAACUUUCACCACCACCGGCAUCGUCUGCUGAACCUGAGGCAGCAGCAGCAGCAGCAGCAGCAGCAGCAGCCGCGUGCGGCAGUGAGGCGACCGCCAGCAGCAGCAGCAGCCCCUCUGCUGCUGCUGCUGCGCAGCAGCCACUGGAAACGCAGUUGAAGCACUGCGAGGGUUCAGGGACAGCAGCAGCAGGUGCUGCAGCAGCAGCAGAUGCUGCUGCAGUUGCUGCUGCAGCUGCACCUGCUGCUGCAAGUGCAGCAGCACCUCAGCCGACUUUAUGCGUAGGCAGCCCCAAAGGGGGCGCAGAAGGAGCUCCGAGUCUUGCUGCUGCUGGUGCAGCAGCAGCAGCAGCAGCGCCGGCAUCAACACCUGCAGCAUUAGCAGGACAAUCCGUUGCUAAAUCAGAUAUGGGUGGGAGCAGCAGCAGCAGCAGCAGCAACAGCGCCCCUGCUGCAGCAGCAGUUGCGCCUUCAGCAGCAUUAGCAUCCCCAACAGCAGCAGCAGCAGCAGCAGGAUCGCCAGCAGCAGCUGCUGCUGCUCCUCCUCUGGUUUUGUCUGCUGCAGUGCAUGCAGUACAGUGCCAGUGCGGGGAGCUGCUCUUAGGAGAAGAAGAAUUGAACCUGCUGCAGCCUUUCUUGCUGCAGCGAUGCUGGCGGCUGGUGCCUUGCGGCGUGUCGGGUCGCCGCAGCAGCAGCAGCAGCAGCAGCAGCAGCAGCAGCAAGGGCUCUGCGCGCAGCAGAGCACGGCCGUCUAGACGCAUUGUACAAGAGUUAGAAGAGCUGCAAUCUGCAUGCAGCAACACAGGAUUAGAGGUGGGUAGCAAAAGACAGAAGAGAUUAACUACAAAGUAUGAAGACUUUGAGGGAGAAGGCCUCCGCAGCAGCAGAAAUGCUGCUGCUGCUGCUGAUGCUGCUGCUGCUGCUGGCGCACCCACACACUCCGGGGAAGGAUCGCUGCUCAGUCAGAGCACGCGCAGCAGACCCCGUCGCAACUGCAGCAGCAGCAGCAGCAGCAGCAGCAUGCAAGUGGAGGGUGUUGGGGGUGUGGGGCGCAGCAGCACGCGGCGCAGCAGCAGCAGACGGCCUAUGAACGGAGAAGACAGUCAGAGCGGAGAGAGUGAUGCGGGCUGGGGAGAAGACAGCAGCAGCAACAGCAACAGCAGCAGCAGCAGCACGUAUGGUAUGGGCGCCUCUUCACAGCAGCGUCUGCUGCGAAGCAGCCGUCCACGGGGCUCUUCUUCUUCCUCGUCCUCCAGCAGCAGCAGCAGCAGCAGCAGCAGCAGUAUUCAAUGGAGAGAGUGCUGCUUAGCUAUCCUUUUGCAUCUGAAAGCGCAGCGAGCUGCACACUGGUUUCUGCUUCCUGUAGACCCUGCAGCAGAUAACGUCCCCGACUAUUUAGAGGUUGUUCAACGCCCGAUGGAUCUGCAUGCAGUCGAACAGAAGCUGCUGCAGGGGGUGUAUACUCACCCUUUCCUGUGGCAGCAAGAUGUGCGGCAGGUUUUUUUUAAUGCCUUUUCUUAUCAUGCUGCUUCAAACGAAGUCUGGCGAGAUGCUACUAUACUUGCUGUUGAGUUUGAACGCUGCUGCAAACUAAUUAAUGAAGUAAAUCCUUAUGCAGACUUGCUGACAGAAACAGAGGAAGCAGCAGCAACAACAACGGCUGCAGCAGCAGCAGCGGGUGUCGCAGCAGCAGCAGCAGCAGCAGCUGCUGCUGCUGCUGCUGCAGCAACACCCACACAGCAUGGCACCCCUCAUCUACAAAAUAAACUUGAGCAAAUACUCGCUAUUCUUGCUGCACCUCAUGCAGAAGAUGCAUGCGCGCAGCAAACUAAUCAACUGCUGCAGCAGCAGCAGCAGCAGCAAGGGUAUGCAACAGGCAGCAACGACCGCAGCGCCGUCGGUAUAGGAGGAGGAGACGCACAAACUGCUGCUGCUGCAUAUCAUCAGCCUUUUGAGGGAAGCGGAUCUGCUGCAGCAGCAGCAGCAGCAGGAGUUUCUUCCUUUGCAGCAGACAGCGGAGGGGUGGGGGUUCGCACGCGGCCUCGAAGAGCGCAGCAGCAACAGCGGCAGCAGCAGCAGCAGCAGCUGCUGCAGCUGGAGGGUGAUGAAGGGCUGUAUGAUGAGUAUGGAUCUGCCCGCAGCAGCAGCGUAAAGAAGCAGCAGGCUGCUGCUGCUUCGCCUUCACGACGCGGCAACAGAGGGUGGCGGUCGGGUAGAGCAGCAGCACAACGGUAUGCAGGAGGAGGAGGAGGAGCAGCAGCAGCAGCAGGAGGUGUGGGAGCGCGAGGGGUAGGUGGCUGGGAGGGUGGCGGUGCUGUUGCAGCAGGCAUUGCUGCUGCAGGUGGCAGUGCAGCAGCAGCAGCAGCAGGAGCAGCAGCAGGAGAUAACUUGCAGAUGCUUGCUUUUGAAGCUCCAGCAGAUGCAGCAGUGCUGCCCCCCCCUCCAGCAUCACGAAUAGGCGUAAAUGAUAAGCCGCUGAACAGCACCCAGCGAAGAAUCUUGCUGCAGCACAUGCGGCUGCUGUCGCCGCAGCAGCGCCGUGCUGCACUUGAAUUGGUGCAGGAUGACUUGGGUAUUGUUGCUGCUGACCAUAUGCAUGAUAGGAGCUUCGCAUUAGAUACAGAGCUGCUGUCAAUAGAGAAGCAGAAGCGGCUGUUUGCGUAUGUUAAUAGCAUGGUAAGGGCUAAUAGAGAGCUUCUUAUGAGUAGAGGCCUCCUUCCUAGUGCUGCUGCUGCUGGUGGUCCGGGAGAUCCUAAUAAUGCUGCUGCUGCUGGACAUAUGCAGCAGCAACGCCCAGGCACCAAUGCUGCAGCAGGAGGUAGGAAAGGCUUUCAUGCGGGAGAUGCAGCAGCACACUCCGACAGCAGCAGCAGCGAUAGUGAUAGCAGCAGCAGCAGCAGCAGCUCAGAUUCCCUCAGCUCUUCUACAACCAGCAGCGACAGCGACUUGGAUGAAGGCAGCAGAACAUGCGGCCCUACAAAUGUGCAGCAGCAGCAGCAGCAGCAGCACGGGGCAGCUGCUCCUAGGGGUCUAACUGCAGCAGCUGCUGCUGCUGCGGGUGGCGGUGGAGCUGCAGCGGGUCUGGUGGGCCCUGGUGCGGGUGCUGCUGGCGGUGGUGCUGCUGCAUAUCCCGGCUCAGCAGCAGCAGCAGGAGCAGCAGCAGGAUCAGCAGCAGGAGCAGCAGCAGGAGGCGAGAGGAGCCAGAAGGCUUUACCUGAAUAUAAACCUGUUGCAGAAGACGGAGAUCGUGUUGAAAUUAGAGAAGAGUUGAUGGGGAGGCAUGCAGAUUUCUUAGGCGUCAUCGAUGCACAGCAAACUGAAGAAAGCCUUCUGACUGGAGGGACGCCGCAGGAGCCUAAGACAACAGCCUGGCAGGAGUGGAAGGGUCAGGUUAUACAUCAGGGUUUUGCUGCUGAGAGAGCGGGCCCGCCUCAGCGCAGCGCCAGCGAAGCUAUCGCAGAGGCAUAUGAUGCACGCAUUUAA